GCUGCUGCCGCUGGAAACUUUGGCUCACUUCACUUCUUAUUAUCACCGGAGGAGCCCCAGGAUAAUGUAAAGCUCCGUACUCUAUACCUCCAUACUUUCACCGGCCAUCUGCAUCAUGAAUUAACCCCGGGACAUGGGUGUUUCCUCGGCGUUCCUCCAUCAUCUCCUCCCCGUCCUACCGUGGCUCUGGGCUCCUCUUGCCCCGCAGCUGAAUGGAGUUUCGCCCGUCGGACACUGCGUUCCCUUGGCCAGCGCUUUCUGUUCUCCCCGGAGCCGAACAAACAGCGGACAUUAGCGUUAUGCCUUCCAUUUAACCCCGUUUUCUUCAUUGGAUAUCUGUCAUAAAAUCAACAUGUCGGACCAAAAUUACUACUGGACUGUGCUGCCUAGCUACAAAACUAGCUUUGUGACUGGAGCAAUGAUGAAACGCUCCAAAAGUUCCCGUAACAACAAGAGGAGGAGUUUGGCGACCGCAACCCCGUCCCCCACCCUCUCCAGACCGCUCUCACCUUUGCCCCUCUCCACAGCUGGCAGCAGUCCUUCAGAAAGUCCCAGGAAUGUCUCGUCCAGCUCCUCUGCCAACUUCCAAUUCGCCCGCAGCCAGCUGGCCCGCAAUGAAAGACCUGAUGGCAGGAGGUGGUCGGUGGCUUCGGUACCUUCGUCUGGAUACUGCACCAACGCACCCAGUUCUUCUGUCUCUUCAUCGUCGUCCCAGGAGCUUUUACACCAGCUACCCUUCCAGCCCACACAGGACGAUCUGCACUUCCUGUUUAAACACUUCCGCAGCACCGAGAGCGUGGCGGAUGAGGACCCAUGCCACCCAUCUGUGCCCGCCCAUAGGGUACGCUCCAGGAGUCUCAGCCCCGGUCGGACGUGUGGCUCCUUUGACAAUGAGAUCGUUAUGAUGAACCAUGUGUACAGAGAGCGCUUUCCCAAGGCCACAGCUCAGAUGGAGGGCCGCCUCGUGGACAUUAUCGAGGAGUGCUCCCCUGGCUCUGCUCUCCCUUUGGCUGACGGGGUCCUGGGAUUCAUCCAGCACCAGCUCCUGGAGCUGGCCCGAGACUGCCUAGACAAGUCCCAGAGCGGCCUGGUCACGUCCCGCUACUUCCUCGAGCUACAGGAGAAACUGGACAAGCUACUGCAUGAGGCAUAUGAGCGGUCGGAGAGCGAGGAGGUGUCCAUCAUCAUCAAACUGGUGAAGAAAAUUCUGAUAGUUAUCUCCAGACCAGCGCGGCUCCUUGAGUGUCUGGAGUUUGACCCAGAGGAGUUUUACCAGCGUCUGGAGGUGGCAGAAGGCCAGGCCAAAGUGGGCCAUGUCAAAACCGAUAUCCCCAAAUACAUCAUCAGCCAGCUGGGUCUGACCAGGGAUCCACUGGAAGACAUGGUGCAGCUGGAGCAGACCAGCCCAGGGCACAGAGCCUCCAGCAGAGACUCAGAUGACAUUGGAGAGACUUCACCAUUGCAGAGCCGGGCGGCCUGCACCCCUCCUCGCAGGAAACCUCUGGAGAGCGACUUCGAGACCAUUAAACUCAUCAGCAAUGGCGCCUAUGGUGCUGUGUACAUGGUUCGCCACAAAGAGACUCGUCAGCGCUUUGCCAUGAAGAAGAUCAACCGUCAGAACCUGAUGCUGAGGAACCAGAUACAGCAGGUGUUUGUGGAGAGGGACAUUCUGACCUUCGCCGAGAACCCGUUUGUGGUCUCCAUGUUCUGCUCCUUUGAGACCAGGAGGCACCUCUGUAUGGUCAUGGAGUAUGUGGAAGGUGGGGACUGUGCCAACCUGCUGAAGAACAUUGGCCCUCUGCCCGUGGACAUGGCGCGGAUGUACUUCGCUGAGACUGUUUUAGCCUUGGAAUAUCUGCAUAACUACGGCAUUGUGCACCGUGACCUCAAACCCGACAAUCUGCUGAUUACCUCCAUGGGACAUAUAAAGCUGACGGACUUUGGCUUGUCAAAGAUCGGCCUAAUGAACAUGACCACCAACCUAUACGAAGGUCACAUCGAGAAGGACACCCGCGAGUUCAUCGAUAAACAGGUGUGUGGGACCCCAGAGUACAUUGCCCCAGAGGUGAUCCUUAGGCAGGGCUAUGGGAAGCCUGUGGACUGGUGGGCCAUGGGGAUUAUUCUGUAUGAGUUCCUGGUCGGCUGUGUGCCUUUCUUUGGGGACACUCCAGAAGAGCUCUUUGGACAAGUCGUAAAUGAUGAGAUCAUUUGGCCUGAUGGGGAGGAUGCCCUGCCAGCUGAUGCCCAGGACCUUAUUACCAGACUGCUGAGACAGAACCCCAUGGAGCGACUGGGCACAGGUGGCACAGCGGAGGUGAAGAUGCACACGUUCUUCUUGAGUCUGGACUGGAAUGGCCUUCUGAGGCAGAAAGCAGAGUUCAUUCCUCAACUGGAGACAGAGGAUGACACCAGCUACUUUGACACUCGGUCAGAUCGCUACUGUCACCUGGGCUCUGAUGAAGACGAUGAGACCAACGAUGAAGAGUCAUCUCUGGAGCUCAGGCAGUUCUCCUCUGUGGCGCAUCGCUUCAGCAAGGUGUACAGCAGCACAGAGCAUCUGUCCACAUCCACACCGUCCAAUCCAAGUCUGUCGUCUUCCGAGCGUAGCCACAGUGAGGAGAAGGAGGAGCGCUGGGAGGGGAACGUCAUACUAUCUCCGGAGUGUCACAAGCACCUGGCUGCAGACAGGCGGGCAGAUGGACCCAGAGGGAGCCUGCGUCCUCGUGCCUCCUCCAGUUCAUCACAGUCGGAGCGCAGUGCCAGUCCUUUAGUGAUGAACAGCACCCAGAGCCUGGACGUCAUGCCCCGCUUUGCCAUAUCUGCAGAGGAAGAGGACGGUGUGGUGUCAAACUUGCGUCGCAUCCGUCUCCGUAGUAACAGCACUGGCACCCGUCCCUCAUUCAGGAGAGGGGCAUCAAGGAGAAUUGCCCACCAGCUCGAAACGCCCGAGAAACAGAAGCCUGCAGCGGGAAAGGUGCCCAAGUCCGCCUCUGUGUCUGGGCUAUCGCUCAUCAUCACACCAGAUGAAUCAGGCGCUCCUCCCAGCAGCCCAAAGUCGUCCCUGUCCCUGUCGUCCAAUCCUUCUUCGAGAGACUCCUCCCCCAGCAGAGACCUGUCUGUCAGUGUGAGCUGUCUCCGCCCCCCCGUGGUCAUCCACAGCUCUGGCAAACGCUUUGGCUUUGCCCUCAGAGCCAUCCGAGUGUACAUGGGAGACAGCGACGUCUACACUGUGCACCACAUGGUCUGGUGUGUGGAGGAGGGCAGCCCAGCGCACGAGGCCGGGCUCAGGGCAGGGGACCUCAUCACUCACGUCAAUGGAGAGUCUGUGCAGGGCCUGGUGCACACUGAGGUAGUGGAGCUGCUAUUCAAGAGCGGCAACAGGGUGACCCUUCAGACCACAGCCUUGGAGAACACAUCCAUUAAAGUGGGUCCCGCACGGAAAGCCAGCUACAGAGCCAAGAUGGCACGUAGGAGCAAGAAGAGCAAGAGGAAGGACGGACAAGAGAGCAGACGGCGCAGCAUCCUGAAGAAGUUGUCCAAGCACACGCCCCCUGCCCCCCUGCACAGCAGCCGCAGCUUCUCCUCUGGCUUCCACCAGUCCUCCAGCGACAGUCUGUCUGGAUCCCCCACUCAGAGCCUCUCUCCUGGGCCGUCCACUCCCUGUCGCUCCCCUGCACCUGACCAUUCUGGAGACUCCAGCUCCUCUCCUUGCUCCAGCUCGCCCAACUCCCCCGUUCCCCAAGCGCGCCCCAGCUCCCUGCACGUCCUGGGCCGCUACACCAAGGCCGGCCGCUGCAAGUCUACCACCAGUAUCCCCCCCUCCCCUUUAGCCUGUAUCCCCCCUCCCACCCAACCCCUCUCCCCCCAGUGCUCCCCGUCCUGCCUGCCCACCCACCCCAAAUCGCUCCAAACCUUUCACGGCAAGACCCUCUCUCCACCCACCAUCGCCCGCCACUCUGUCCGACCAAGGAGCGCAGAACCACCGCGAUCUCCGCUCCUCAAGAGGGUCCAAUCUGCAGAGAAACUCACUGGGGACAAAAGCCACGAGAGGAAGGCGUACAGCACCAGACGCCACACUAUGGAGGUCCCGUUGUCCGAAAGUGAGGGGUUGGAAGACGGCGAAGCCGAUACCGCUACCACCGGCUUUGUGUGCGUGGGUGAGCACGGUCGGCAGGGUCUGUGCGUCGGAUCUCCACGAUUGGGAACGCACCAGGAAUCACCGCAGCACCGGAGCCAUUCCAAGGAAGUGGUGGUGAUGCGUAAGUUGGCCCUCUCAGAAAGAAGGGACUCAUUCAAAAAGCAGGAAGCAGUACAAGAAGUGAGUUUUGACGAUUUGGAAGAGAAAUCUCCGAGUCCAACGAUGCCUGGGACGCCUCCGAAGGGGUUUAAGGCAUCAUGGAUCAACACGCAAGCGGCUACGUCUACACCACAGUCAAACUUGAACGUGAAACAAGAGGGGAAGCAGAGGGCAAAAUCAAAGGAAAAGGAUUUGUUUCAAAAAUGACUCUUGACGACCUGCUAUACUGUUUAAGUCUACAAAGGCCUUGCAUGUGUCCGAACUACACCAAGUUUCAACUCAACAAGCAUCAAGAAUCACAGUGAAAAUCUUGGUUCGAACAAUGACUGCCAAACAUCAGACAGUUCUAGUUAUUGCUUGUUCACUUGGUAGACCUGUCACGAUAACACAUUCUGAAGCAGGAUAUAUUGCUACACAGAUACACUGCGAUAAACAACAAUAUUGAAACUACACUACUCAUGAACUCAAUACAAAUAAUGCAAGAUAAUCCCAGUAAAACUAUUUUUAUGUACAGUUUCAUUAAAAGACAUGAGCAAAUAAAUAGCAGAAUGAACCAUUUAUUAGCCAAAGAAGUUAUUUAUUCUACCCUCUACAGCUCAAAUCUUAUCAUAUUACAUAAAAUUGGCAAAAAUCUCAACACUAUUGCAAAGAAACUGUACACAUGAUAAAUGGUGAGCCCCAAAAUAUACAGUUUCAGCUUUCAUAUACUGAACGCUAAGUCGAUAUUGUAAUUAUCAGGACAGGCCUAUCACUUGGUUCAGAAAUCACUGUGGAACCCGAAUUGUAAAUAGUUGUGUUUUUAAUGAAGAAACGUAUUUAUGCCUUUUUAUGUUUAACGGUGGAGGCCUUGGAGGUGUGUGCGGACUUUGAAGUUGCACAAAGCUGAAGCGUGUGGAUAGAUUUUGUUAGUGUUUUGGUGACUGUCUGGACUUACAUCGUCAAAGGUUGUCCAACUGUUGUGCAUUUAAAUACAUGUUUAGAAUGAGACUGAGAUGAAGACUCCAUGUGGUGCCAAAGACAGGUAACUUUUUUAAGCUGUUGUAGGAGGUCUUGUCCCUGUACAUAUAUAACCUUUGUGCAUGUUAGACCUCGGCAAUGCCAAAACAUCUGUGAAACUGCUAUGGGAAGUGUAGGAAUAGAUUUUCAAAUAUUUACUGCAUAAGUUGCGUCAUUAACAUAUAAAAUGGAUUGAACUGUCAAAUGCAGUUAAGUGAUUGGGCCUGUAGUCAACUAAAAGACUAAUCGAUCAGCAGAACAUUCUGCUUUUUAGUCUGACUAAUCUCUAUGUGUCUGACCCAAACUGCACUCACAAGACUACACCUGCAUGAGAGUUCAUGCAAAAACAACUAUUUGUGCAGAAAAAAAUACUAGAAAACAAAGUAUUUAUAUAAAGACAGAUAAAACUCAUGAAUCAUGAGUUCAAUAAGCAUUUUUACAUAUAAAUACCAAAAAAUACCAAAUUUUCAGCUGUCCCACUCACUAACUUCUCUUUUCAGCUGUUGUCCCAUAUAAAUCCUUAUAAUCUAAAUAAAGCGAUUAAUUGACUAAACGACUGAAGGACUACACCCCUAGUAUUGAUUGACUAGCCUUAGCAAUCUUAUUAACAUGACGUCUGUAUAGAGAAUACAGAGACUAGAGGAGCACAUCCCCUUGUGGAUUUCUAGUUUAAUUUGAUCUUCUCUCAAAAUUGCCUCAGAAUGAGAUAAAUGUGUAUUUUCUAUGAGAGAUCGUGCAUUUUAAAUGGUUUUAAAUUGAACUAUGCCCUGGAAUAUAAAUCUGCAGUCUUAGACAAAACAGGAUUAUGAUACCUGUGUAAUAUGUGUCCUACUACUACAUAAAAAAUGUCUGAAUUUUUAAAGUUUGAAGUAACUGCAGAAAUGUUUUACUUUAUAUAAAUACGUUUUUACAUAUAGAUUACAUGUGAAUGAGUAAAUAUUUGAUAUGAUAACAGUUAAUUAUGAUAUUGAUUAAUCCUUACAACUACACCAAAUAAUGAUACACGGUCCCCACCUUGAUCAUACUCACAGUGACACAAUGCUAAAAUUUCAAACUCCACUUCGAUUCUAAGGAAUUCACUCAAUACUCAAUACCAAUUAUGAUACCACAGUUAAGAUAAAAAUGCUCUCUUUUUUUUUUGGCAAUAGAAUGUAAUUUUCAUAUACAAACUAAUACUACUUUCAUUGUUUAGCAUGUUGUUUAUUUUUUGGUAUUGAUUAGAAUCUGAUUUUCAAUACUUUUGACAACCUUAAUUCAAUCAGUGGAUUUAAAACUACAGCUUUUAUGCAGUUGUCUCUUCUCCUCUCCCUACAUUUCCCAUACAGGUGUAGAUUCUCCUUGGUGCCCUCUCUCACUCUCUUACUCACUCUCACUCGUUCUCUCUCUCUCACUCUCUCUCUCACACACACACACAGUCACACUCCCUUUCUCUCUCUUUCUCUAUCUCUUCUGUGCUGUUGAACCAUCCCUCCGUCCGACUCCUGACCCGUAGACUUAGCUCGCGUCGUCUUGUGCCUGUCCAACCGUUAAUCCUUCUCUGUACAGUACGCGACUAACCGGCUUCUUUGGCUGUUCAACUGUUUACAUAUAGAGUGUUUGAGUGUGCGAUCUGUCAUUUUUGUUAAGUUAUUCUUUAAAAAAAGGAAAAAAAAUGGGGGUGAUGGAGAAUGAAGAAUUGAACUCGAAGCCUUGAGUGUAUGCGGAAUUGUACUGGUGGAAAUCUCAUUUUUGUAUAUUUUGAUAUUGAAAAUGUCAUGUUGCAAUACUAAUAUCUUAAGCUGUCUUUGUGUUGUUCAAACAGCAUUGGACCUUAUGGUGGACAGCUAUGUGUAUUUUUAUUAAACUCAAAGUAGACUUGAAAUGCCCAACUAAAAAUUAUACAAGUUUUUAAUUCAGCUGUGUCAAUUGUAACUUUCAAUUUUAAAGAUGCACUACGUAACUUUUUAAUUACAGUCUCGGUCUGCCACCUGAUAACCUCUUAGAUGUUAUCGCUUUGCCUGGAAUACUCCACAGUAUGGCAUUAAACGCUCCAAGCGUUGAGAGCACGUUUGCCUCUCCACAGAUCUAACCUGUAACUCGGUCUAAUUGUUCCACCUGCUUGUCUCCAUGUAGAUAUCUAAAUUGUUAAAUGCCAUAGAGUGAAACAUUCUAGCAAAGCAAUAACUUUGAGUCAAGCAGGUAGCGAACUUUUAACCAGAAAUGUUACAUACUGCAUCUUUAAGAACUUAUUUUUUUCUGAAGCCUGGGUGGUAAUUAAUGACUACCUACCAUGAACUGCCUAGAAGACAGAAGACCUAUAAGUACUGUAUUGAUACUUUGCAGUGACAUCAUGCUGGGGGUGUUCCGCAUGUACUAUGUCUAUGGUGGAAUGUUCAGCAGUUACCAUGGUGGCACAAUGCACACAUUAGCAAACACUGCCAAAAAAUGUUUAAAAUAGUCUGAAAACUUAAGAAAAAUACAAACUGGAUGUAAACGGCACAUUUUCAGGAGCCGGUGAUCAACAGAAGUAUCAUGGUUCUUUUUAGGAGAUUGAUUUUACACAAAAAGCUGAGAGUGACUAACUGGAAAAAACUGUUAGCUAAUGCUAGCUAGCUUGUGACUGUAAUUUUAUGUGAGGGACUUGUUUAACAGCACAAAUCAUCUCACCUAUUGUAGCUCCAUCUAAGACUAAAGUCUAACUUUAGUAACAGAGCUUCAGACACAGCAGUGCCUCAGUUUGGAUCACACCCCCAGGGAAUGUUGGAUGACAUCAGCUGCAAAGUAUCAAUUGUAGCUACAGAGUUCAUAAUCCUUAUAUAAUGACCCAUGAAUUAUAGAAAAUGUAUAUUAAUUGAUUUGCGUAGGUUGUAUUGGGGUGUGUCACCGUACUGAACAUGUACCGACAGAAGGCCUAAUGAGUGUCCUGCCGUGUGAUCUCUGGUGAAGACUGAUGUUUGUUUUUAUAUUGUCUUAACAGUGCUUGAAUAAACACCUGCUACAGUGGACUAUUACGUCCACCACUCAAAAAAU